CAAUGAUGGUGGUGAUAUUGAAAAUCCCACCAUACCCGAUAAUUUGGAUGAUACUACCACACCAGCCCUUCCUGAUAAAACCACCCCCAAGGCUGAACCUGAUGCUGAUGAUGAUACCACCGCUAAAAAUGAUGAUACUACCCCUGAACCUAAUGAUACCACAGCUAAAAAUGAUGAUACUACCCCUGAACCUAAUGAUACCACAGCUAAAAAUGAUGAUACUACCCCUGAACCUAAUGAUACCACAGCUAAAAAUGAUGAUACUACCCCUGAACCUAAUGAUGGAACUACCGCUGAUCCUAGUGAUACCACUGUUAAGCCUGAUGGAACUACCGCAGAUCCUAACGAUACCACUGCUAAACCUGAUGAAACUACCGCUGAUCCUAAUGACACCACUGCUAAGCCUGAUGAAACUACCGCUGAUCCUAAUGUCACCACUGCUAAGCCUGAUGAAACUACCGCAGAUCCUAACGAUACCACUGCUAAACCUUAUGAAACUACCGCUGAUCCUAAUGAGACCACAGCUAAUCCUGAUGGAACUACCGCAGAUCCUAACGAUACCACUGCUAAGUCUGAUGAAACUACCGCUGAUCCUAAUGACACCACUGCUAAGCCUGAUGGAACUACCGCUGAUCCUAGUGAUACCACCGCUAAUCCUGAUGGAACUACCGCUAAUCCUAGUGACGUACCCACACCGAAGCCCAUGAAUCCAUGCGGCGAAGGAUUCUUUCCAAUGAGUGGUAACUGCGGUGGUUACAUAUAUUGCUACGAGAAGGGCGCUGAUAAUUAUCCGGCC